ACGGACUCUGACACGCACAUUCACACGGCUCCGAGACAAGCGGAUAAAUGUCUGUUUCGCACCGGGAAUAACAGCACCGAACUCAACAUACAUGCUUUCAAACACUGGAUUUCUUACAUCGGCCGGUCAAGACGCGUUAAAGCGCGUGUUUAACUGUUAAACUGUAUGUUCACGCGCUCGGACGUGUUCGGGAAUGUCGGGAUAGUCUCGCGCUCACUUCCUGUGGAGCUUCAGCCGUCGGGAGCGCGUUCCACCUUCAAGGACGUUGAUGAAGUUUGAUGAACUGUGAAGAUGAGUGUGACGUCAUGGUUCCUGGUGAGCAGCUCGGGCACGCGCCACCGGUUGCCACGGGAGAUGAUCUUUGUGGGUCGAGAGGACUGUGAACUGAUGCUACAGUCUCGCAGUGUGGACAAACAACACGCCGUGAUUAACUAUGACGCGUCCACGGACGAGCACCUGGUCAAAGAUUUGGGCAGCCUCAAUGGGACAUUUGUGAAUGACCUUCGUAUUCCCGAUCAGACGUACAUCAUCCUGAAACUGUCCGAUGUCAUUCGCUUUGGAUAUGAUGCACAUAUAUACAUCCUUGAGAGAAGUCAACACAAAGUGCCUGAAGAAGCCCUAAAACAUGAGAAAUACACCAGUCAGCUUCAGUUCAAGAGUCAAGAGACGCUGGAAGCCAAGAAACACGGACACACAGAUGAGAGACGGCGAAACACAGACAUAUCACGUGUUAAGCCAGACAAAUCAGAGCGCAAAAACAUUACAGAUCUGUCCACCUCCAGACCCACUCCUCUGUAUGGUCAGCCGUCCUGGUGGGGUGAGGAUGAUGAAGAUAAAAAGGAUCAGAAUGAGAAUCAUACAGAAAGCCAAAAAGAAGACCUCAAAUAUGAGUUGACUGCCUCUCCAGAUGACCUUCAAGGCAAGUCCGGUUACUCUUACCGCAAGGAACCGAGCUACUUUGAGAUCCCCACCAAGGAGAACCAGUCCAAGCCCAAAAGUGCACCACUGGAUGUCCAGGAGAUCCCAACAAAAGACACGGACCACAAACCCCCAGCCACACCCCCGGUGGUGCAGGGCCACGCCUCCUUUACAAUUGAGUUUGAUGACCAAACACCUGGAAAGAUGAAGAUCAAGGACCAUGUCUCAAAGUUCUCCAUCCGUCAACACAAGACUCCCACCAAAGAGUCUACAGCCGCACUACCAGAGGUGAUGUCCGUGGAAAACAAAGUUGCUGAUUGGUUGGUGCAGAGUAAUGCCAGUAUGCUGAGGAGUCUAGAUGGCCAGUCUGUGGCAGAGGAACUCUUUAACAAGACCUUGAAAGAUGGACACCUUCAUGAAGACGGUGAUUUGGAGGAUCCAGAAGAAACGCAAGACUUUCAGCCAACGUCCCAAUUAGGGCAACAAAAGAUUGUUCCUCCACAACCAAUCACCCCUCCAGAGGAGGAUGAUUACUGUACUAACUAUACACCAGAGUCCAAAAACCAAGGCAAACAAGACCCACAGCAAGCUUUUGUCAUUGAUUUUUUUGAUGAGAGUCAACAGAAAAAGCGUUCACAGUCUUUCACCAAUAAUGUGUCUUCUCCCGAACUUCAGUAUGCUCUCAGAAACAAGUUAGACAAGCGGAAAGGUACAACCACAUCCUCUGGUCAUAAUCCACCCACCCAACAGUUCACCAUUCCCCUCAAAGGUUCUGAUAGACCUCAGAAGGCUGGAUCCCUCCAACGGGAGAAGAGUGAAAUCCGCCUGAGUACCUCUGAAUUUUCAUCCCGCUCCGUGUCAAAACCUUUCGGCAGCGUCGGUCGAAGGUCUAAACUGACGCAGGAGUUUGCCGCAGAGUUGCUUAGAGUGUCCAAAACUAGUUCUACCUCCACGUUGGAUGCAAACUAUCAGAAUCUUCCCGCCUCAUCUCAUUCUCAUACCAUGAAUCAGACAUUUUCAACCUCACUUUCCCAACAGUCAAGGUCUCAAAACCCUUCUUCUGUGCCCAUGGAAGACAACAACAAAGAAGUCAAAACCCUUGGACCCAAGCAAGAAGAAGACAGUCUAAGUGAUGCAGGUACCUAUACCAUUGAGACAGAGGGACCAGACAAAGAGGUGGUGGAGGCACGGAGCAUGAUCGACCAGGUGUUUGGUGUUGGCGACAGCAGCCAAACCUCAGCUGCAGCAACAUUUAAGUCUAUAUUUGAUCACAGUAAGGGCCAUGAUAGCCUUCUACUCAGUGAGAAUAGCUCAGGCCCAAAAUUGGGACAAUACCCAACAGACCAUAGUGACACAGCCAAGAGUCCUGGACAGAUACAGUCGAUGACGACGUUAACACCUGGAGGCACUAGGUGGGUUUCUCGCUGGGCCAGUUUGGCUGACAGCUAUUCAGAUUCUGGUCCUGCAUCAGGACUGUUUGAUAUCCAUUCACAGGUUGAGCAUUCCCCUGGAGCUGGUGGAAAAAUCAUCCACCAAGUUAUGCUUAACCGAGGUGCUGACUGCUCAGAAGACCAAGGCAGCAGAACAAGACGAGUUCUGCCUCCGGUUCCUUUGAAGGAGAAGAUUGAGACACCACCACCCACAAUACUCAUCCAGCCUGAUGCUUACCUCUCUGGUGUUGAGAGGAGUUCUCAAGUUCUGAAGGAAAAGUGGGAUCCCCAGAAGCUUGGUGUCCAAGAAGAUCUGGACCCUGACAGCCUGAGUGAUGCCAGUAAAUCUGACGAUGGAUCUGUUGUGGAGCAGAGUUGGACAACUCCUGGUAGAACUGAGAAGAUGCAAAACCAGUCUCCUAUGACCCUAGCUAAUCAAGAGAAGGUAUCAACUUCUAAUGAGGCCAAGACUGAAAAAGACCAGGAUUCACCUCCCAAAUUCUCAACAGCCACUUUAACAAGACAGUAUGCCAAGCUCAACAAGAAUAACGUCUCACCACCCGACAUUGAUCAAAACAAGAUUGCUUCUCAUAAUGUAGACAAUUCUAUUUCUUUUAUCAGACAGGAAAGUUAUACAAAAGAACGUUCCAGCGACAAUGUCCAGUUGUCCAGAUUGCCCCAAAUAUCAAGUCUACCCUCUUGUAAGGACAGAGAGACUGUAGGGGCUUUAAAAGCUGUAAACAGUCAAGACACUCAGUCUUACCUCAAAGACACUGAGGAUGUUCUUGCAGCUCUCGAGGCCAAACUUCUGAAGCAAGACAAUGGUCGCUCCCAUCUGGAAGACUCUGAAGAAUCAGAUGUAGACACUUCCAGUACAGUCAGUAGCAAAAACACUCAUUCAGUUACCAAGAAGCCUGUGGUCCUCCGAGGACUCUUGAAAGAUAAAACAGCUUCCAGCCAGUGUUCAAGAGAAGUUAAGACUUCCAAUGAUACAUGGUCUGAAAAGAGACAAUCCAGUGUAAAGGAUAGCGAUGGUAAGGUAGAGCCAAGCAAGCAUUUUCAGCUCCGUCGCAACCAAAGUUCUCAUGACUUUAGCCCAGAUCUUCAGAGUUCCGCUACUCGCAAUCGGGCUGAUGUUGUCUCAGACCAGGAAUCAAGAUCCCAACCCUACAAGAAGUGUACCAUUCCCCUUCAGAGGGAAAACUCGAGCAAGCCCAAAAGCGCAGUAAGCCAAGCACUGUCUCGUUCCAAUAGCCUCUGCUCUCCAAGACCCACAAGGACUUCAGUGCUUCGCCGUGCCCGAUUGGGCGAAGCUUCUGACAAUGAAGGCACAGAAACUGACCGCAUGUCUCAAAACUCAGACAGCAACCCCUCUUCCAAUAAAGUCACUCAGGAGAGCAAGAAGCCCUCGCGACUAGACAUUUUAGCACUGCCCAGGAAAAGGACAGGGUCCUUCACCACACCUAGUGACACGGAGUCCUCCACAAGCCGGACAGGCUUUUCAAACCGCAGUACAGAGUCUGGAAGCUCUGUGCGGAAAGCUUCAGUGCCGGACCCCAAGGCCCUUCUGCGCAAGACUUCAGGGGCUACAAACAGACAACCAAUCAUCCGUGGACGCUCAAGCAGUGCCAAGUACACCAGCAGCACUGCCAGCUCCAGGAGGCGUCAAAAAGGUUCAGGCUACGCCUCCACCUCGGAGGACGAGUACGAAUCUAACCAUAGUACCCCUAAACACAAACGCUCCCAUCAUUCAGGGGCCCAGCAGACCUCCAGAAUCCACCCACCCGGUCCGAUGCGAGCAGGACCCAUACUGCGAGAUUCAGAGGGUGAAGGACAUGAGAGCGACAGCUUCCAAAACUGGACAUCUCACAGUGCUGAGAUUGCCAGACUGAGUCAAGACUUGGCCAAAGAUUUGGCUAUUCUGGCUCAAGAGAUUCAUGAUGUUGCUGGAGACACUGAAUCUCAGAAUGCUUCUGUGGACAGGAUGGGACCAGCUUUAUCUGCCCAUGAAGAGUUGCGGCAUCAGAUUCCAGAGGCUAGUCUGAAUUUCCAGAAAGAGUCUCCAGACACUGUGUUGGUUGAAGAGUCUGAGCAGACCUUUAGAAAUGAAGACCUGAAACAACAAGAUGAGGUGACUUUAAACAAUGUGAUGUUGAAUCCAGUGUCACAGCUGUCUCUUGCGAUCCGUGAGAAUACCGAACAACUUACAGAGAAAAUCAAGUUUUUGUUCCAUAAUAAGACGGAUGCUUUGAGAGAUAUUGAGGCAAAAAUCAAUGCUGCUGAUGAUUCGCCACCGCUGAAAACAUCAAACAAGGAAAUUGCAUCAAUUCUCAGAGAACUGAGGAGAGUCCAGAAACAGUUAGAAGUCAUCAACACGAUCAUAGAUCCUCAAGGAAAUCCAUAUCUCAGUAAGACUAACCCUACAAGAGGUUCAUCAGCGGCUGGGGUUCGGAGUUCACGACCUGCAUCCAGGGAUUGGAGGUCUUCCCCGCAAGGCGGUGGACCCUCACCGAGCGCCCGACGGAUGUUUAGAAGCUCAGAUAGAGAUGGGUCUCUGGUAUGAUGGCUAAGGGGUUUGCCAAAUUGUAGAAAACAUCAUCACUAGACACUUUGAUACUGAUUAAAGCAUUAGACACUAAUCUAAAUCUACCUUGGCGCUUGGGUGGAAUGAACAUAUCUUGACCAAACACUAGUUAUGUCACAAGCUUUAUCUUUGGGAGAUUAUGAUGUCAGGCCUGUUUGCACAUUUGUAUCUUCCUCCUUUAUCAUAAAGACAUGAAUGGCGGUUUCAACCACGAAUGGCAUUCACUGUGUAAAUGUUUGAAAACUAUGAUUUUUGCUUUAAAAUGUAAAGUGUAAAUACACUGGUGUUAAUUUACUUUGUUACUUUUUUGAUUGUUGUUAUAGAUAGAUAGGUAAAGUAAUAUACAAGAUUAUUUAAAUCACUUUUUGUUGAACAGGGUAUUUGUACAUGUUUAGGAUCAUAAAGAAAUUAUUAAAAGAU